GUUAAAGUUGUAAGCGGCUAGUUGAAUGCUGCGUUACUUCGGAAUGCCGAUAAUUUGAUUCUGUUUACUAUGUUAGGGAAGUAUCUACAGUUUAUGUACUUUGUCUUCUUGUGUUCCACACCCCUUUGCAGUGGUGAUAAGAAUACAUCAGUAGUUUAUGCUGUCAAAAACUGUGUCUUGUCAGAAAACGCUUCAUUUCUUCAUGGAAUUGUUGGGCAUUUAUUCUCCGAUGAGUCUGACGAAAAAGCGGACUAUUAUUUUAGCGUUUGUGGUUUCAAAACAGAGGAAAACUCAUCAGUGUCAUUAAAUCAAUCGGUCAUCGCAGUUAGUGAAGCCAGUGUUGUAGAAUUAGGAUCGUUCACUAAUUUUACCAUUUCUAACAAAGGUGAUCGGCAUCUGGUAAGGUUCAAUGAUUCAGAGAUUAUAACAGACUUAAUUCUUGGGUGUGGUAGUAUGGCCGCCUUUCAUCUCAUCAGUCAUGAAAACGAUAAGUCCUACAGUUUUGAUCUGUUCCAUCCUAGUCUUUGUUCUGCUCAACAACCCACGAAAUAUACUUUCACUGUCAUUCUUGUGUGCUGUUUAGCUUUCAUUGUUGGAUAUUGUGUGUUAAGUUCUUUAAUAAAGAGAUACUUAUAUGGACGACCGUGGCAUCAAUCUGUUCCAUUCACCGAUACCUUUGAACAUUUGAAAAAUCGAUUCCAGGACUAUAUUGUUCUUCAUUGUCAUCGUCCACAAAUUCGCCUUGUUGAACCAGUAUAUAUGCCUCUACCGAAUGAUUCACCAGAACAAUUUAAAACUAAAAAUAACGAAUCAAUAUGCGAAAAUUCACUAGAACAAAAACAGUUGCUACUGUCGAAUUCAGAUGAACAACAAGAUGAUAUAUUAUUGGCUCUUUAACACAGUAAACCAAUUAUACAAAUUGACUUCAUAUAUUAAUGGAUUUUAUGGAAUAUUUUUAAUCAUUAUAUUUUAUUUAACACAAUCUUCAGAUGAACAUUAUGUCAAUUAACUUAAAUAACCUACAUUUCUUUUAUGUUUUGUUCAUUUUUAUUCCGUUUUCCCGUGAUAAUAUAAUACACUUGUCAUUAUGAUAUUCCGGUGCCUUGAAGUAUCUUAGUAAUAUCAUUGUUAACUGAAUAUAGAUUGUGUAUUAUUAAUAUUUAGUAAAAUGUUCGAAAGUCAAGUAAUAUAUGUAUUAAGACAUUCCGUUUGAUUUUUCUCUUUUCGAAAUGUACCGACAACUGUGCUAUAUUACCUUUUAGAUCUUAUUUACUCCAUAUUUCCCGCUUUCUCAUUUUAUUUCAGUUUCCCUUCGGUUUUUUUCUUGUGAAUAAGAUGUAUAAGAUAAUUGGAUUGCAAAAUAUACAAACAUUGUUUGUUUUA